UGCCUCAGAGAAAUUAUAAAAAAAAAAAAAAAAAAAAAAAUAAUAGUGGUUUUGGGCUUGCAGGGUAUACUCAAACAAGUACCCUCCAUGGCAAUUGGAAUAUUAAUAGUACUAGUUGUUUUAGCCACCACAACCACAGUAGUAGCAGCUCAGUCCGCCGCUCACUGCCGUGAAAGCUGUGGUGAUCUCAAAGUUCCAUAUCCUUUCGGAAUGGAUGAAGGUUGCUAUUUGGGAGAGAAAUUUUUUAUCACAUGCAACGAAUCUUACCAUCCUCAUAGAGCGUUUCUAACGACAGGCAACGUCGAAGUUACUAACAUAUCCCUUGAUGAUGGUGAGUUGAGCGUUUCCCAGUUCAUUGGCCGAGACUGCUACGAUCAGAAUGGUGUGCAAACUAAUAAUUGGCAGCCUUCGCUCAAUCUGUCCUUAUACACAGUCUCUUCCACUAAAAACAAGUUCUUCGCCGUUGGCUGCGACACCGAAGCAUUUGUUCAAGGAUACCGAGGCACAGAAGUAUUUGCAACUGGUUGCAUAUCAUGGUGUGAGAGCAUCAGCACCUUCAAUGAGUCUUGCUCUGGCGUGGGCUGUUGCCAAACUUCUAUUCCCUAUCGGAUGAAAAACAUUACAGUGUCGGUGAAUAGCUAUUAUAACCAUACAGAUAUAUGGAAGUUUAACCCAUGUAGCUUUGCCUUCGUAGUGGACGAAAAAAAGUUCAACUUUUCCAGGACCAGUUUUAAAGACUUGCGAAAGGUGAAAGAGCUACCAGUGGUUAUUAAUUGGGCAGUUGAAGAUGAAAGUGGUAAGACCUGUUCUGAUGCUGAAAAGAGUUCGGACUUUGCUUGCAAAAAUAACACAAAGUGUAUCGACGUCAAGGACGGUUCUGGUGGUUACCACUGUCAAUGCUUGACUGGUUACCAUGGGAACCCGUACCACCGGGAUGGUUGCCAAGAUAUAGAUGAAUGCAAAAUAUUUUCAAACCCCUGCAAUCCUGGAAAGUGCCAUAAUUUACCUGGGAACUGGACGUGUACAUGUCCAAAGGGGUCCAAAAUUAUUAAUGGGACGGGCUGCAGCAAGAAGGAUGCAAUAGAUCAAUCUGAGAGAGUUCUCAUUCUCUAUAUUGCACUUGGUGUCAGCCUCGCGUUAUUGGUUGCAGUUUCAAUUAUGUGUUGGGGAAUGAGGAAAAUAAAGCUAAGAAAAUUAAAAAGGAAAUUCUUUGAGCAAAAUGGUGGAUUAAUAUUGCGAGAACGAUUCUCAAAUCUUGAAACUGCAAGAAUUUUCACUGCAGAAGAACUUAAAAGAGCCACAAACAACUACGAUGAAAACAGAGUUCUUGGAGAAGGAGGCUAUGGAAAAGUUUACAAGGGGAUAUUACCAGAUAGCCAAGAAGUUGCUAUAAAGAAGUCCAAAAUUGGUGACGAAACACAGACUGCACAGUUCAUCAAUGAACUGAUGAUUCUUUUGCAAAUCAAUCAUAGGAACGUUGUUAAAUUGUUGGGUUGCUGCUUAGAGACAGAAGUUCCUUUACUUGUUUACCAGUUCAUUGCUAAUGGAACCUUUUUCCACCAUAUUCACAAGAAAGGAAAAGCUUCUGUACUUCCGUGGAAGUUGAGAUUGAAGAUAGCAUCGGAAACAGCUGGGGCACUUGCGUAUUUACAUUCUGCAACAUCUACCCCCAUUAUACAUAGAGAUGUGAAAACUUCCAAUAUACUUUUGGACGAGAAUCACACAGCAAAAGUAGCGGAUUUUGGAGCUUCGAAGCUGAUUCCUCAAGACCAAAAUCAGCUAACAACUUUUGUGCAAGGAACACUUGGAUACUUAGACCCCGAAUACUUCCAUACAAGCCAGUUAACGGAAAAAAGUGAUGUAUAUAGCUAUGGAGUUGUUUUAGCUGAGCUACUAACGAGCAAGGAAGUAGUUUCUUUUAACAGGCCUGAAGGUGAAAGAAACCUGGCAAUGUUCUUUGUCAGUGCAAUCGAAGAGGAUUGCUUACUUCAUGUUCUUGAUGGUGACAUUGUGGAUGAAGAAAAUGUUGAGGAAGUAAAAAAAGUUGCAAAUCUUACCAAAAUGUGUUUGAGUGUGAAAGGGGAGGAAAGACCUACCAUGAAAGAAGUAGCAAAUGAGCUGGAGGGACUGGUUAAUUUGGACAAACAUCCAUGGGGAAAAGUUGAUUUAUGUGGAGAAGAGAAUGAAUACUUGCUUGGUUCUACUUCAAACACUUACGAAAAUUCUAGUGGUAAAAGUGGAUUUAGGAGUAGUGGUACUGCAAUUGUUGGGCAUGACAGUAUGCAAAGCCAGAUGUUAAGCCAAUAUUAUGAUGCACGAUAGUUGUUUCGUAUGAAAGAAAACUUUAUCAGCUGGUUAUGGUUGCUGAGUUUUAUAAACGGGUUACCGAGAGAGCUUCCACAUCAGCAAGAAGUCCAUUCCAUUGUGCUGUUUGUUCUAGCUUUUUGUUACUUUAAUUAUGGUAGUAAACAGACGUAAGAAGGAAGCACAUUAGUCUUCCUCUGAUUUUCCUCUGUUUAUUGGGAAAUAUCUUUCUGUUUUU